AUGGCGGCCUGGUCGAUCUUUGGAACCGAACCUGAGGCCAAGGCCAAGAAACUCGAUCAAAAAGUGCUGGAGGAGCAGGAACAGGAAGUGAGGGCCAGACAGAGCCAGGUCGAGCGCCCAUGGCAUCGUCAUGAAGCAGACAACCCACCGGUUGACAAAGAGGGAAAGCAAGUCGCGCCGGUAACGAAGGGCAAGCUCUUAACGACGCCGACACGCCUGCUGAAGCUGAUAGUCCCUCUCCCCAUCGUUCUCCAUAAAGGCCCGGACCAGGACAGCAAGCACGACUCCGGCCGGUCUAUUUCGCACAACGACACGAUCCAGCCGCUGGCGCUGCUUGUGCACCCGCAGCAGCCACUGUCCUAUGUAGAGCGCCUGAUCCAAGCCGAGAUUCCGCCAGUGGUCGAAAAGGGGAGAGAUAAGACGCCCAGCGUGUAUUUCCGCGCCGAGGAUACCCAACACGGCGACAACAAGCCAACAACGAGGUCCGAGGCGAGGCACAAGGAUGAGGAGAGGGGCUUACGGGGGACGCCGCAUCAUAAUGUCGCAUCAUAUUCCGGGCUCGGCCACGAGGGCCCCGAGCGGGAGGGGUCAGAUAAGAGGUGGAUUCGUUGGAGCAACAGCACCGAGGUGGGCGACUUCAUCCGCGACGCCGCACGAGGCCGGGAGUUUGCCAUCGACAUCGAGGGGUACGACGUCGAAAUGCGCGUCAGCGUGCCGUCCUUCAAUGACCGGACCUACUACAUGCGCGCCCAGCUCCGCAGGAUGAGUCGGCAGAUUGACGAGCUGUCGAGGCUGAAGCGCGAGUGCGACCUGCUCGCGCACAAGGGCGCCAACCUGCUGGCCAAGGGAGGGUUCGCGGUGCUCUCGUGCUGGUGGGGGGUCGUCUAUUAUGUCACCUUCCAUACCGAGUUUGGCUGGGACCUUGUCGAGCCAGUGACGUAUCUCGCCGGGCUGACGACCAUCAUGGGUGGCUACCUGUGGUUCCUGUACAUCAGCAAGGACCUGAGCUACAAGGCGGCCAUGAAUGUGACCGUGUCGCGCCGCCAAGACGCCCUCUACCAAGCCCGCGGCUUCGACCUACACAAAUGGGAGCAGCUCGUCCAGGAAGCAAACGCGUUGCGGCACGAGAUCAAGGUGGUGGCGGUCGAGUACGACGUUGAUUGGGACGAAGCAAAGGAGGUCGGGGAUGAGGUCAAGGAGGUUCUGACUGAGGAGCGAACCAAGACAGGGCACAACCCGCGGUCUUCCGAAAAGGAAAAGGACGAAGCGUACACUGAGCACGAGAGGAGAAAGAAGGAGGAACCGGGCUAUGACGGCAUUCCCAAACUGUCGCGUGAACCCCUCCAAGCCCCGCGCGCAGUUAUGGAGUGA